AUGAGGCCACAAGCAACGCUUUAUGCCCUCUGGGCGUUCCUCAUACCUCUCUGUUCAUCGACACCCUGCGAUCGACUAAGCAACCCUUACGACAGCCCUUCCAACACACAAUUUGAGGUUAUUUGCAAUGCAUACUCAACCGGCGGCAAUCAAAUCGGUCCCUCCUUCGAGGUUAUAGAUUUGGAGACAUGCAUCGGCCUGUGUGCUGAUACCUCAAGUUGCAAAGCGGCACUCUUUGACCGCAGCGAAUACCUUUGCUACUUACUUGACGGAUCGGAUGGCCCAGCGGUUAAUAAUCUGUAUGAUAUGGCUCUUUUGCUAUCAUCUGCACCAGCUACGACGUUCUCGACUACAACCUCUGACGUCUCGACUACAACCUCUGACGUCUCGGCUACGACAUCUUGCAAUGAACUCGACAAUCCAUCCUACAUCGAUGGUGUGAAAUUUACACUCUUCUGCGGCUACCAAGUAACGGGCGGUAAUGCGGUCGACUAUAGCAACCAGCUGCAAAGCUUGACAGAAUGUAUGGCAUUCUGUGCUGAUACCCUGGCAUGUCGCGCAGUCACUUUCGACAAAGGAUUUAACGAAUGCUACUUGUACGAUGGGUUCAACGGUUUCCAGAGUGACUUUUACAAGGAUAUGGCUGUCGUGACAUCUCGACCAGCUGUCUCAUCUACAACUGAAGCUUUAACAGACAUUUCUACAGCUACCUCAUUGUCGGCAUCAUCUGAGACUUAUUCAACUAUUGAAUCCACCUCAGAGUCUGAAGCAUCAACACUAUACACAAGCGCUUCGGCGUCGAUAUCAUCCGGGUCCCCAGAGACUACAUCAUUAUCGUCAUCAUCAGCACUCACGUCAGAAAUUACAUUAGCGGGUACAAUAGAGUCGUCAUCAUUUACAACUACAUUGAGUGCAACCUCCGAAGCAAUUAUUUCAAUUCCAACAACAUCGUCACUAUUUACCACAUUAUCGUCUUCACUAGACGUCCCUUCAGGAACUACAUCAGACUCUGCACUUCAGUCUACACUGGAGUCUACAUCUGAUUCAGCUACAACCUCACUAGAGGCUAUCUCGUUAUCAACUAGACUGUCAGCAUCUACAUCAACAGAUUCUUCGUCAUCGCUAUCGUCGGAAUCUGUCUCAGAGUCUACAUCGGAUACCCAAUUGGUAUCUACGUCAGCCGAAGAGUCAGCUUCUCUCGAGCCUACUACUGUCGCAACAAGUAUUGGCUCAAUACACACCGAUACUACCAACAUCGAGAUGUCGACCGCCGAGACAUCAGCAAUUACGACCUCAGCUACCGUGAUCAAACCAACAUCAACAGGAUCGAGCUUGAGCGAUGCUAACCGUGUUUCAACUGAAAUACAGUCCACAUCAGAGGUUUCCGCUCUGCCUUCGGCCUCAUCAACACCACCUGCAGGAAACAUUCCUACCCUUGGUGAAUAUGCCUUCACAGGGUGUUUGAAAUCCCUUGAGGGUUAUCCCUCCUUUCAAGAGGUAGCAACUGAUCCAGAAAUGACUACCCGAAAGUGUGUUGGCUUGGCUCUCGGAAGUCAGUACAUUGGUGUCUAUCAAGAAACUUGUUACAAGGCCGAUGUGCUGGAUGAUACAGAAUUUAUAUCGGAUGCACGCUGCGAUCUCCCAUGCCCUGGAGAUCCCACCCUGUUCUGCGGAGGCAUUCUCGGCAGUGGACAAAAGCUUCUGCAUCGUGCGAUAGCGCCUAACCAGCUCCUAACCCUCUAUCGCAAAAAGCUUCCCUCCACUUCCGAUGUCUUAUCCCCUUCGGCCUCCGAACCACCCUCUUCUUCACAGGCUACGGGAUCCCACGCUUAUGAAACGACUUCCGAAUCAAGCGGUCCUUCACACUCCACUCAAACAGACUCUCCAUACUCUUUUUCCUCCUUCACAACUAGGGAUAUUGGCUCAAAGACGCUUUCGGUCUCUGAUUCCACCAUAACAGAGACCAACUCUGAAACUCGCCUGCCAAUAUCUCUCCCUACCCCAACAGCCAUCCAUAUUGCUUACUCGACUCUAACCAUCGACCAUGCUUACACUAGGACUCGAUUUGCCGAGACAGUAACCACUGUUACUUACACUACUGUAAACCCAAGCAAUCCUGCAUCACUAAUCACAACUUGGGUUCCUAUUACCCUGCUCUACAGCCCUUGCGGGUGUAAGCACCAGGUAUACCCAACAGUGGAUAUGACAACUGUUGCCUGUACCCAAGGAGGAGAUAUUGUUACCCUAACAGUUCCAAAAGCUGCUUAUGAGACUGGUCGCGAGGGCUAUACACAACCGAUCGUUCAAUAUCCGUCAGGCUGGGUUGGAGGGCAUCAGGCACACGCUGGCAGCAAUAGUUAUCCUACGGGACGGCCCAUCGGAGAUUUUCAGCCUGGCUCGAAGAAUGGCCAGCCUGAGUACUCUGCCGUAGCCACAGGAUUACAGGAUUCCCAUCCCAGCUACAAGGCACACCAGCCCGUGACCCCUACUUCAGCUGUAGGAUCAAAUGGUGAUAAUCAGUCGGAACAAGGGAACCCGCAGCCAUCUGUUCCAGCUCAAAGCUCAGCAGACUCCAUCAACAAUAAGCCGAUGAAUCCCCCCCAGCCAUCAUCCCCGAAGAGCUUGACAACGGAAACACGCAUUAUCCCUACUUCUCAACCUGGCAACUCAGCACUUCCAUCUCAAUCAUCACAUCUCGACCAGGGUCAAGCUCCUUCAGAGUCCAAGGGAGCGCCCUAUGCUACACCAGUGGUCGUUUCAGAAGCUCACAGAUAUGAUUUCACAUCAUGGAGCAUGAUUACUGCAAUAGUCGGGAUAUUUUUGUUUUAA